AUGGCACAGCCUUCUUUCGAUCAGACCGAUCUCAACGACAUCUUCUUGCGCGCCUUCAAAGACUGCACCACGGGCAUCAUCAACAGCUUGUCAACCGACGCUAACGAUCCUGCAACCGCAACAGCUGUACAAACGAUCCUUGCGCAACUCAAUUAUGAUUACAAUCGCCUUGUCUACGUUAUCGACAUCAUCCAAAGUCGUGUCUACCGAGACCCAGCAUGGGGGGAUGCUGCUGUCGCAGUGUACGAUAUGAUCGCAACUUCCAUCGAUUCAUACUUCUCGCACCCAAGUUUGCCUAUAAGAGGUCCACUGCUCGUACAGCAUCAUCUGAUGAAGGUUUUACAAGCACAAUUCAGGUCGAUGAUGGCAGCAGAUACAUGGAGUUCUGGCUUGACCCUCUUCCUAGCACAACUCUGUCGAACUGAGGACAGCAUCGGUAGAUUAACUCCUGGUAUUAUGCUGCACAUACUCUCGGGAAUGGUCGAAUCGAGCAGAUUGUUCGGUGGGGAUAACCUCGAUCUGCUCUUUGAGAUCAUCAGCAGUGCUGGGCCGGUUUUGGAUACUCAAGCGCUGGAUGUUGUUAAUAGCUUUGGCGAGAAGCUGCAGCUUCUACAGGAGCGUGUGAAAGACAGAGGAAAUGUUUCGGUCAUGGCUGUGUUUGGGUUGAUGAGACUGAGGGAGCUGGGGUGGGGUUCAGAGACUAUCAAAACUUCGUAA